AUGGGGAGAAAUAAGUUUCACGUUACAGUAAAAUGCAAAAACAAACCUGGAGGGUUUGUUGAACUGCUUGAAACUAUUGCAAGGAAUGGCCUAGAAAUUACUGAAAUCAGCUCCUUCGCCUUUUCUGGCUUCUCUCUGAUUGUUUUCGGCGUUGAGGCAAAAGGUGAGAAGGAGAUUACCAUUGCCGAGUUAAGGAAGCUUCUGUUGAUGAUAAUCGGAGUACCUGAAGAGAAUGAUAAAGGGGUUACCGUUAAUGAGUAGUGGUAAUUCAGGGAUUUAGAAUAUGAACUAUAUAACUUUCAAUCCUUAUUUCAUUAGAAGUUAUACAAAGAACUUCUUGCUGUAACUCAAAAUACAAAGAACUUCUCGUUUUUCCUUUCUCCAGUUUCAGCCUAUUAAAUUUAGCAUCACAUGAUUGGUACUAAGAUAGAUUCAGGAACCUGGCACAUCAAAAGCAUUAGUGUUAAUAUUGUAUUCACUUAUAAAUUUAUUUUAUGAAUAUCAGAUGGAUGGUAUAUUUGUUUAUGAUU